UCCAACCCCUUCUGCCCUAGACUCUUCCUUCCCUCCCCUUCCCCUGCUGCCGUUAUCUCUUCCAAAACUACCUUGAUCCGACAUCGAGCUGCCGUUUCCCGUCGAUCUCUCGUGGCUCAUCCUCUUCGCUAGUAGAGGUUCCGAACAGAUGUUAAUUGACGCUACCUGAUCUUUCAGUCAAUUGCUUUCUCUCUAUUUGUCAAAGAAACAGCUGAGUGGUAACAUUUGAAACAUUAUGAGCGGUGCUCCGAAGAGGUUGCAUGAAGAGGGAGGUCAUUCUACUCCUUUAAAACGACCACUUGAGGAAACUGGCAUAUACUCAAGUCCUGGAAAGCUAAUUCAACCAGUUGCUAGUGACUUUCACCUAACUUUUGAGCAUGGGCAGGAUGGACGAUUUGCAAAAGUCCCACGUGUUGAACCCCGUGAUGUUGACAAGAGAUCAUCUGUGCUGCAUCGGAUGCCUUCAACUUCUAACAGCUCCUUAGACCAUCCAGUUACAUCUGAGAACAGGUUAGAUUUCAAAAAUUCAAAGGAUGCCAGAGAAGUUAAGUCGGAAAACCGGGAAACAAAGGCGGAGGUUAGGGACCUGCACACCGAUACUAGGAUGGAUUCUCAAGGUGGCAAGGUUGAGAAUGAUCCAAGGAUGGAUGCUAGGGGGGAUGAAAAGGAACUUAAGUCUGAUAAGGGUCCUCACAUUGACUAUAAGGGUGACAUCAGAUUUGAUAAAGACAAUUACACUUCAACAAGUUCACACCUAAAUUGGAAAGAGAGCAAAGAACACCUAAGGGUUAAAAAAUAUUUCGAGUCCUCCAAUGAUGGCUUGGACUCAUGGCGUGCUGUGAGGCAAAACACAGAUGAAGCUGGAAAGGAUAUGACGGCAGCUGAAGAGCGGGAUUCCAUGGAAACACAUGAGGCUGUUGGAGAAAACAAGGUUGAUCUGAAAGGUGAAGACAAAUUCAGAGAUAAGGAUAGGAAAAGGAAGGAUGACAAACAUAGAGAUUAUGGAGAAAGGGAUAAGGAUAGAAAUGACCGCCGAAACAGUAUGCAACAAGGUGGUGCUAGUAAUGAACGCAAAGAAGUGCUGCGAGAAGAGAGGGACAUGGAGAGGUGGGAGAGGGAGAGAAAGGACACUCAAAAAGACAAGGAACGGAAUGACAGGGAGAAGGAAAUCAUUAAGAAAGAGUCGUUGAAUGCAAAUGAAAAGGACAGUUUGCACUGUGAGAAGGAAUUUGUGGAUGCAUCUGUCAAAGUUGCUGAGCAGGAAAAUGCAACAUUUGAACCUAAGAGGCUUAAAGAUGACAGCUGGAAAUCUUAUGAUAGGGAUUUUAAAGAUAGAAAAAGAGAAAGGGAUGUAGAUGCAGGUGACAAACAUGAACAGCGUAGCAAGUGUUAUGACAAGGAAUCGGAUGAUGGAUGUGCAGAACCAGAUGGAGCUACAGAAAAGGAUAAGGAAGUUUUUGGUGGUGUUCAGCAACGUAGGAGGAUGUUGCGUUCUAGGGGGACUUCUCAAGUACCUAACCGAGAACCACGGUUCCGUUCUAGAGCACGUGAUGAAGGAUCUCAAGGUAAACCUGAAGUCUCUGCAAUUGUUUAUAAAGCUGGUGAAUGCAUGCAAGAACUUUUAAAAUCUUGGAAAGAAUUUGAAGCAUCUCAAGAUACUAAAAGUGAUGAAAGCUUGCAAAAUGGUCCAACUUUGGAAAUCCGGAUACCUGCUGAAUAUGUUACUUCCACUAACCAUCAAGUCAAAGGUGCCCAGCUAUGGGGAACAGAUGUAUAUACGAAUGAUUCAGAUCUAGUUGCUGUUCUCAUGCACACUGGUUACUGUUGCCCAACAUCAUCCCCUCCCCCACUUGCCAUUCAAGAGUUACGGGCGACAGUUCGAAUUCUGCCACCACAAGACAGCUACACUUCAACCUUAAGGAAUAAUGUCCGUUCACGUGCUUGGGGAGCUGGAAUUGGCUGCAGUUUCCGUGUAGAGCGAUGCUGCAUCGUGAAGAAAGGUGGUGGGACAAUUGAUCUUGAGCCUCGUCUUACCCAUACAUCAGCUGUGGAACCAACUCUUGCUCCUGUGUCUGUUGAACGCACUAUGACAACAAGAGCUGCAGCUUCGAAUGCUUUGCGUCAACAAAGGUUUGUCCGUGAAGUUACGAUUCAGUACAAUCUCUGCAAUGAACCAUGGCUGAAAUAUAGUAUUAGCAUAGUUGCUGAUAAGGGGCUGAAGAAGCCUCUCUAUACUUCAGCACGGCUGAAGAAGGGUGAAGUUCUGUAUCUGGAAACACAUUAUAAUAGGUACGAAUUAUGCUUCAAUGGGGAGAAGGCUGUUUGUAAUGGAAUAAUGCCAACUUCAUCUCAAGCACCAGAGUCAGAGCAGGAGAAGCCUCAAAUCCAUAGCUCUCAUGUCCAAAAUGGGGACAGAAAUUCAACCGACCGUGAUAAUCUCAUUGAUGUGUUUCGGUGGUCUCGCUGUAAGAAGAUUUUACCAGAGAAAACUAUGCGUUCUAUUGGAAUCCCAUUACCUAUGGAACAUGUGGAGGUAUUGGAGGAGAAUUUGGAUUGGGAAGACGUGCAGUGGUCACAGACUGGUGUUUGGGUGGCAGGGAAGGAGUAUGCUCUUGCUCGAGUCCAUUUUCUCUCCCCGAAUUAGUUAUCAGAUAUGUAUCUCUGGGCUCCGUACAUUAAAAUUUAUAUGUAUCCAUGUGUAUAAUGCUGACUCUGAUAGAUAAAGUUUUGCUUCCUCUACGUAGCUGUGUCGGAGGCAUGAUUUCCUUUGUGUAAUCAGGUUGACUGUAGGUUACGGUAUUCACUAAUUUUAUGAGUAAAUGAUAUUUACGUUAGUUUAUUCUUAAUUUCGGUG